CGGAUCAAACACCUUGCAGUCGGUUCAGAGCCAUUGACAAAAAGGGGGUCUCUCUCGGAUAUGGUGGAGUAGGCUACAUCGGGGCGGCUUGGAAACCACCUGGUUUGGAAUAACCCGAUGGAAAUCGGAGGACGGGGGCCUUGCGAAGUCCGUCUCGUGGAGGUUUUCAUGGAGCGUUGAGAUUAUUAUCAUGUGGUGGCUUGCCUUAAUGAUGUUUACAUCCCCGGCUUUCCCAUUCAUCGUGUUUGUGUGCAUGGGGUUAUCCGAGGCGGUUCAUUCCUACGAUGCGCUGCCUUUAGUAAUAAGGAAAUCUCCUUCAAUCGCCGAAGAGCAUCCUAAUACGAGCGCGAACGGGGUUCCAGGGUACCGGCUCGGUACUGUCGCAUUAACACCAGCGCCCACGAUCGCGUCCGUCAGAAAACCGAUAAAUGUCGCCGCACCAGCAGCCACCAUUAAACCACCAACAACGGAGCCCACCACCCCAUCCCUGUCUGAUCCCAGCUACAUGGCCGCAUUUGCUCGGAGGAAGCUCAGCUCUGUUGAAACACAGAUGAAAGAAUCGCAGAUGUCUGAUAAUGAAGCGGACAGAUCAGGCGUCGUGCCCGACUUUAGCACAACCUCUGACAAUUCUCAAGAGCUGGUGUGUAACUGCAGUGGUGAAGGAGUGUCGGACCCUGACGAGUGUGACCGUGAGACAGGUCAGUGUGACUGUAUGCCGGGUUACACUGGGCUGCAGUGUGAAGAGUGUGAGGAAGAUCACUUCACCAACGGCACCAUCGGCUGCCUGCCCUGCGCAUGUGACUCCUUCGGUGCCCACGGCUCCAGCUGUGACAGCUCAGGGCUGUGUAAGUGUAAGACAGGUGUAUACGGGCCCAAGUGUGACGACUGCCAUCCUGGAUUCUUCCACUUCAGCAGCACAGGCUGUCAACCGUGCCAAUGCAACAACCACUCUACCUACUGCCACCCUCAGUCAGGUGUUUGUUUGGACUGUCAGGAUAACACUCAGGGCCACAACUGUGAGGAGUGUCUGCCCAACUUUUACCGGCGUCAUGGUGAGGGGUCCGCGGACACUUGUCUGCCUUGUCCCUGCUCCUCUGAGACCUCCAGCAGCAGCUGUCAUCUCGCAUUUCAAUCAUUAACUCUCUCUCUCUCAGCUGUGAGAAUCCUCCCGACUCAAGACAUCAAGACCUCCACUACAGAAAUCCCCAAAUCCACAAGUUCUGUUGCUUCUACACCUGCUUCCCGCCUCAUCACUUUCUCCUCCUCCCCUACCACCCAUCCAAGCCUACCAACCCUUCAGUCCGGCACGGGAGACUCCUCAGGACACAACAGCACGGCCUCUGCCCUGACAGUAGUGUCCUGGACGCAGUUUAACAUCAUCAUCCUCGCCGUCAUCAUCGUGGUGGUCGUUCUCCUCAUGGGCUUCGUCGGAGGCGUGUAUACGUAUCGUGAGUACCGCAAUAGGAAACUCAACGCCCCAUUUUGGACCAUUGAGCUGAAGGAGGACAACAUCAGCUUCAGCAGCUACCACGACAGCAUCCCGCACGCCGACCCCAAUGGACUAUUGGAGGAGGAGCCGUGUGUGGUCGCGGCCAAUGGGCAGUUGGCACUCGCUACUGCCGCCAACAUGUACAAAGCGUGAAGUUGUCGGUACGAUUGUAUCUUUUCUUAAAGGGACAUUUCAGCCAAAAAUGGACAUUCUUUCAUCAUUUACUAACUCUCAUGUCCAACCUGAUGUUCUUUUUUUAGUGGAACAUAAAGGAAGAUAUUUUGAAGGCACUGAAAGUCAGUGGGGUCCGAAACAACAUCGGGCCAAUUUCAAUAACUUUUUUAGUGUUACACUGAGAAACAAAGUCAACAGGUUUGGAAUGACAUGAGGGUGAGUAAAGUACCAGAUUUUAAUUUUCGGCGAACUAUCCUGUUAAUUUUGAUUAUUGAAAGAAGGUAGCUUGGGAGCCAAAUCUAACUACUUUAUUUGAUUCUACACACUAUUUAGCUCCGCAUUGCUUCCUAUGUGAUAUCCUCGUGCAAAGCAUUUUCACGUACAAUAUUUCCUGAAACAUUUCAGAGAGCAUUCAAGCAAAUCCAGGACAAGCCAUUAACAUGUUACUCCUUGGACACAAAAAUUAUAAAAUGCGAAUAAAUUGCAUCUUAAAGGGAUA